UGUGGCUAGCUCAGUUCUCAACGCUGAUCACGGUGAUAUUUGUCACCCGGAUGGUGCCUAGCAUGCGCAGAAAAUUCUCUCCGUGGAUUAUUACAAUACUGCCUCUUGGGAUGGGCGAUCCUAGAACAGUGAAAUCCACUUCCUUCAGGAUGCACUUCCUAGUUCUGGCUCUUUGUGGCUAUAUACUCACUCAAUCUUAUUUGGCCAGUCUUAGCGGAAUCCUUACAAAGCCAAGAUCAUCGUCAGAGAUGCAAACUCUUGAGGAACUGGAAGAGAGUGAUUAUCCAUUAUACGGAUUACAGACAAUAAGGUUACAACUUAUGGAGUCGAACCCCAAGUUAUAUAAACAUUUUAAGGAAGUGAGCAUGAACGAGUACUUUGAGAUGUUCGACCAAGUGAUAGCAGGUCGUAAGAAGGUAGCAACACACGCUGCAAUGACACAGAUCCUAUUUAUCAACACUACGUCCAUUGACAUGAACUUUCACGUGAUACCAGAAAAGAUAGGAUUUUACUCCAUAUCGAUGCUCCUACCAGAGACCAGCCUGAUUCUACCGACAUUCGACAAGCUGAUUUCUAUCGCGGUUGAAAAUGGUUUAUUUGAUUACUGGAUAAUGCAACAACUGAAGGAAGGAAGAGAGAAGAAUCUGAUUUCCGGUGUCUUUUUCUUACUGGUCAUCGGACUAGUUAUCAGCUCUCUCACGUUCAUAGGCGAAUUGGUUGUUGGAUCCAAAAACGUACCGCCCCAUCAGCGCCACUUGAAAGCACUGCGCCUGAGACGUAUACAGUAAAGCAUAAACGAGAAUCGAUUAAAAAUAUAAUCCUGUGUAAUAUUAUUAACCGAAACGGUGAAUCAGUAAGAAUAAUGUAAAAAUCCUUUAAACAGUCGAUACAGCCUCAGAUAGGAUGCAGCACGGUUUCAAGUCUCCCCUAAUAUCCCUUUAUCCUUCCUCUCGCCAGCACUCUCACGGCUGGAGCAGUUUAAUUUCCCUCCAACUCCCUUGUACAAGGGUUGGCAACUUGACGACUCGAAAGUUACAGCGUCGAUUACGUCCUCGUAAGAUGAGCCAGGAGUGCUAAGUGACGGGCAGCAUUUGGAUCAGACCGGAAAAGUCUAAAAUUCCUUCCAUUAACAUGUGCCAUAAUACACUGCCAUGUGCAUUGUCCCAUAAUACAUUCCC